CGGGUCACGUGACGGGAGCGCGGGCUUUGGAAGGCGGCGGAGCGGGACUGGGUCUGCGGCGGAGUUGAAGCCGGCGAGGGCCUGAGCACUGUCCUGGGCAGCACCGGACUGAGCAGUAGCUGUGGAGGCCUCGCGCCGCAAAGGCCAGCUGCCCCUCCUCUGUAUUGCUAUGGGAAUUCAAGGCCUGGCGAAACUGAUUGCUGAUGUGGCCCCCAGUGCCAUCCGGGAGAAUGACAUCAAGAGCUACUUUGGCCGCAAGGUGGCUAUUGAUGCCUCUAUGAGCAUUUAUCAAUUCCUGAUUGCUGUUCGCCAGGGUGGGGAUGUGCUGCAGAAUGAGGAGGGUGAGACUACCAGUCACCUGAUGGGCAUGUUUUACCGCACCAUCCGCAUGAUGGAGAAUGGCAUUAAGCCCGUGUAUGUCUUUGAUGGCAAGCCACCACAGCUCAAGUCAGGUGAGCUGGCCAAACGCAGUGAGCGGCGGGCUGAGGCAGAGAAGCAGCUGCAGCAGGCUCAGGCUGCUGGGGCCGAGGAGGAGGUGGAAAAGUUUACUAAGAGGCUGGUGAAGGUCACCAAGCAACACAACGAUGAGUGCAAGCACCUACUGAGCCUCAUGGGCAUCCCCUACCUUGAUGCGCCCAGUGAGGCUGAGGCUAGCUGUGCUGCCCUAGUGAAGGCUGGCAAAGUCUAUGCUGCGGCCACUGAGGACAUGGAUUGCCUGACCUUUGGCAGCCCUGUGCUGAUGCGGCACCUGACUGCCAGUGAGGCCAAGAAGCUGCCCAUCCAGGAAUUCCACCUGAACCGGAUUCUGCAGGAGCUGGGCCUGAACCAGGAGCAAUUUGUAGAUCUGUGCAUCCUGCUGGGCAGUGACUACUGUGAGAGCAUUCGGGGCAUUGGGCCCAAGCGGGCUGUGGAUCUCAUCCAGAAGCACAAGAGCAUUGAGGAGAUUGUGCGUCGACUUGACCCCAACAAGUACCCUGUGCCAGAAAAUUGGCUCCACAAGGAGGCCCAGCAGCUCUUCCUGGAGCCCGAGGUGCUUGACCCAGAGUCUGUGGAGCUGAAGUGGAGUGAGCCCAAUGAAGAGGAGCUUGUCAAGUUCAUGUGUGGGGAAAAGCAGUUCUCGGAGGAGCGAAUCCGCAGUGGGGUCAGGCGGCUGAGCAAGAGCCGCCAAGGCAGCACCCAGGGCCGCCUGGAUGAUUUCUUCAAGGUGACUGGCUCUCUCUCUUCAGCUAAGCGCAAGGAGCCAGAGCCCAAGGGAUCUGCUAAGAAGAAGGCAAAGACUGGGGUAGCAGGGAAGUUCAAAAGGGGAAAAUAAAGGAGUUUCCCCUCAUACUUCCUUGACCCCAGAGUAUCUGCCUUAUGGUACCCUCAAGAGCUAGCACUAGAGAAACCUCUGGGGGCAAGGAGGGAUUGCAUUGCUUCUCUAACUCUACCCUUUUCAGUAGUGCUGAAAAGUAGUGCUUUUCCCUUUUGUCCUUGAUUUUACAACAGGAACGCUACAGAGCAACUUUGUUUUCUUCCUUUUUAGCUCAGGAAAGCAUGUCAGGCUCAAAACACCUCUCAGGCAAUCUAACGGACACUGAAUCUAUUGUUAAAUAAAAGUGAUAGCAACAAGUUUUGAAGAGGGAGUGGGAGAUAAAUGGUAGAGACAGCAGACUGGACAAAAAAAUGAUUUCUUGGCUGGCCGACUGGCAGAUGGGAGGGGGUGUUGGAACCAGAAUGUACUUCUUUCCGGCUCAGCCUUGAUCCACCCCAUACGACAGCCAUCAAAGACCCAGUCUUUGCCAGAUGAGGGGAGCUGCUGAGAGCUAAGACAGGUAGAACGAGCUGGCGUCCCUGGGGUUGGCAACAAGGGUCUAAUUACUGGCUAUGUGUCCUGUGGUGGGCAGAAACUUGAACUUGCUCUGUAACUUGAGUCUUCACAAUGGUUACUUAAACAUAAAAGACGGCGAAAUUCUAGUGUCCUCUCUGAGGCAGUCAGCUGAGUUGAGACUUUGAGAUUAAGAUGCUGUUUUCGUGUGCUGUUUUGUUUUAAAGGUUGAGAAAAGAGUCAAUAAAACUGUAAAAGUAA